UUUCCUUUCAAGCCAACGCGUUCGUUGCAAGCCGACAGGAGCGCACUCGAAAUCGCAAGCAUUGCAAGUACGCUCAACGUGAAGUCACCGACCGGCGCUUCCAGAGAGUUCUGCAGGCAUGGCUGGUGACAGGCGUGACGAGGCGCUCGUCGCUAAAGAAGCUGGUAAUGCCGAGUACCGCAAGCGGAACUUCGAUGCCGCGCUCCAGCACUAUGAAAAGGCCAUCGAGCUGGACCCCACGGACAUGUCGUUCAGGACCAACAAAGCUGCUGUUUAUUUUGAGCAGAAAGACUAUCAAAAAUGCAUCGCGGAGUGCAAUCAAGCCAUCGAAGUUGGCCGUGAAAACAGGGCGGACUUCAAGCUUAUUGCAAAGGCGUAUGCACGAAUGGCUGGAGCGUAUGUCAAGUUAGAGGACUACCCAAACGCUAGGACAUACUACCAAAAGUCCCUGACGGAGCACCGGAUACCAGACACGUUGUCGAAGCUUAGUGAGGUUGAGAAAUUCAUCAAGGAACAAGAAGAAGCGUAUAUCAAUCCGGAAAUAUCGCUUGAAGAGAAGAACCAGGGCAACGCAUGCUUUCAGAAAGGCGACUACCCCACGGCAGUGCGCCACUACACAGAGGCAAUCAAGCGUAACCCAGACGACGCCCGACUGUACAGCAACCGGGCCGCCUGCUACCAGAAGCUUGCCGAGUUCCAGCUGGCCCUCAAGGACUGCGAGGAGUGCAUACGCCUGGACCCUGAAUUCUUGAAGGGACAUGUCAGAAAAGGAAUGGCUCUCAUGGCCAUGAAGGAGCACUCCAAGGCACUCAAUGCGUUCCAGAAAGCCCUGGAGAUUGACCCGAACAACCAGGACGCGCUUGACGGCUACAAGCGGUGCCUGAUGGCGUCGGACGCCGAUCCCGAGGAAGUCCGCAAGCGUGCCAUGGCGGAUCCUGAGGUGCAGAAGAUCCUAGGAGACCCCGCCAUGCGCAUCAUCCUGGAGCAAAUGCAGAGCGACCCCAGGGCACUGCAGGAGCACUUGAAGAAUCCAGACAUUGCCGCCAAGAUCCAGAAACUCUUGGAGUCCGGACUGAUUGCCAUUCGCUGACGAGACAGUCCAGAACAUGCGUAGGGCGGAAAAAAACACUGCCUCGCCUCUGGCCACGUGGCGAGCGAAUGUUGCCCGUUUCUUAGGGCAAUGUAACAUCCUCAGGCUGCACCUUCGAGCCCACUGUUGCUUAUAUUAUGUCAAGUGUCUCCUCUUUUUUUUUUGUUUUUAUUUUUACAUUUUUGUACAAUUUGCAGAGGGCACUAUGUAUCUCAGUCUUGCAUUGUUUUUUUUUUUUUGACACAUUAAAAGAAACUGUUGCAUUUGCA